AAACUAAAAUAAAUAAGCUAAUUUCUUGACCAUUUCUUCACUUUCCAAAAGGCUAACACACACAAAAAUCAGUUGAUUGUUGAUAAUUUGAAACUGAGACGAAGACUUCAAUGGCGUUUCCAGUAGUCGAUACCGAGUAUCUCAAGGAGAUCGAUAAAGCUCGUCGAGACCUUCGCGCUUUCAUCGCCUUGAAGAAUUGCGCUCCUAUCAUGCUUCGCUUAGCGUGGCACGAUGCUGGGACGUAUGAUGUGAGUACUAAAACCGGAGGUCCAAAUGGCUCUAUAAGGAAUGAAGAAGAGUUCACUCAUGGCGCCAAUAGCGGCUUGAAAAUCGCUAUUGAUUUUUGUGAGGAAGUGAAGGCUAAACAUCCUAAAAUUACGUAUGCUGACCUAUACCAGCUUGCUGGUGUUGUUGCUGUUGAAGUCACUGGAGGUCCUACCAUUGACUUUGUACCUGGAAGAAAGGAUUCAAACAUUUGCCCCAGGGAAGGCCGACUUCCAGAUGCUAAAAGAGGUGCACCUCAUCUGAGGGACAUCUUCUAUCGAAUGGGUCUUUCUGACAAAGAUAUUGUGGCAUUAUCUGGGGGUCACACACUGGGAAGGGCUCAUCCUGAGAGAUCAGGUUUUGAUGGCCCUUGGACCAAUGAACCCCUGAAGUUCGACAACUCUUACUUUGUGGAGCUGCUAAAAGGGGAAUCAGAAGGGCUUUUGAAACUUCCAACAGACAAGGCUUUGUUUGAUGACCCUGAGUUCCGCAAGUAUGUAGAGCUCUAUGCCAAGGAUGAGGAUGCGUUCUUCAGAGAUUAUGCCGAAUCUCAUAAGAAACUUUCGGAACUCGGGUUUACUCCCACUUCAGCUCGCUCCAAGGUAAUGGUGAAGGACAGCACUGUAUUGGCACAGGGUGCCGUGGGGGUUGCUGUUGCCGCCGCAGUGGUGAUCCUAAGCUACUUUUACGAGGUCCGCAAAAGAAUGAAGUGAAAGCCAUAUUACUCUUUUCUAGAACAGAACAUCCGUUACAAAUUUAGCAGAACUUAGUCCAAUCAUCUGGCUAAUAGUUAUGUAGUUCAUGUUUUCUCCUACAUGAUAUCGCGUCCUACGAACAGUAUUGGCAGUAAAAGAUCGACACAAUACUCUAAGGUCAUCUAUUUGAAGUAAAUAACAUGGAUAAAUGCUCUCGAGCCACUUCAAUCCAUGACAUUUCCGUUACGAAAUGCUUUCGUUUGUAGUUAGGGGGGAUAAUUAAAGCUACAAAUUGCUCUA